AUGGUAAAACAAGUGGUAUUACCAGAGAAGAAAGAGGAGGAUGAAGAGAAGAAGAAGAAGCCUGGCUGGCCCUUCUCCAAGGGGAACCUUAACUUUGGGCCCCCCUGGUAUCCACCACUGCCAAAUCCUCCACCAGUGGAUGGAAAUGUUGGCCUCCCACCCCCUCACAACCCACUUGGGGUUGGGCCUGUGCCCGGUGGACGAGCCGGGGGAAUAGGAGCUGUCAGAGGAGCUGCAGAGGGUGCUGGAACGGAAGAUAGAAGGCUACCAGCAAAAACAAGAACCAGAGCAAACGAGCUGAGAAGAACGGAGGAGAGAGAGAGUGAAGAAGAAGCACUAGAGGAACUCAGAAACGAACUGGAGAAACGUACGAGACAAAAAGAGAAGAGAGAAUGUAGAAAAACAAGAGACAAAUGAAGGAGCGCAUGCAGGAACAAUGACCUCAGCGAAGCCAAGACAAAGAUUAAAAUAAAUCGAGCAGCCAGGACAAAAACUGAAAAAAUUGGAAAAAGGAGAAAAAGCCCCUGGAAUGUGUCCGAUAAUACGCUACCCCAAUGGUGGUGGCAUGUUGGAAAUGGAGAGACCGUGGGAUGUUGACGAAAUUAAAGAAAUAGUGGGUGAUGUCACUGACCCAGCAAAAGAUGCUGUAAAGUUCGAAGAAUAGCUAAGAGCAAAUAACUCCAUGUACAACCCCACUACCAGAGAAAUUGAAGAAAUACUCUGCUGCUGCUUGAAAUGUAAAUGGAAGGACUAUAAACACAUGUGGAACCGUGAUGUACUGGCGGCUGGAUGCAGUGUUUACCGCUAUAAAGGCUGCUUUCCCUAAACACACAGACUGGCAGAAAAUCCAUUCCACUAAACAGAGAACUGAUGAAACAUUGAGUGUCUACAUGGAAAGAAUGGAGCCAGUCUUCCUCCAACACUCAGGCCUGACGCCUGACCAAGACUCAUACAACAGCCUAUUGUGCCAUGCUGUGGUAACCAGCCUGAGACAAGAUUUGAAGACAGCUGUAACAACAACUUGUAUUGCAUGGGAAACUAAACCACUGCCUGAUGUAAAGCCAUAUAUCACCCAUGAGGAAAGACAGUUGAAUGAAAAUGAAACUAAGGACGGAAAGACACUGAAGAAGGCACAGCUGAUGUACUACUCUGGAGGAGGAAGAGGACAUUGAAGAAAUGGUGGUAACUGUGGAAACCGAAGAGGCAGAGGUACCUGUUGGAGCUGACGGAGGGAGAGACUGGAGCUGCUACAACUGUGGGAAGUUAGGGCAUUUCUCAAGAAACUGUCCUGAAGGAGGAGAACAACUAAACGAUUGGCCUUCCCCACCUGUUGGCGUACAGGUGGACAACCCAUUUGGAAGACGAGGGGGCUACCAAACAUAGGAUGAGGUUUAAACAGAAUAAGAAACUAAUGAAGAAAACAUUGAUGAAGAACCAGAAGAAACCUGUCAAAUGUUAAAAUGGACCACCAUGUCAACCCAAAACCCCCUUAUUGACAUUUUAGUUAAUAACUAUAAAAUUCAAUUUUUGGUGGACACUGGGGACUGGGGUCUCAGUGUUGAAAAUGUCUGCCCUAUCUGUUCUUCCCUCAAAGAAAACAAUACACACAGUUGGAGCAUCUGGAAUUCCCUCUGAAGAAAGUUUGACCUUUCCCCAGGAUGUGGUGUGGGGUGAGGGAUAAUUGAGACACCGAUUCCUAUAUUCAUCUGCCUGCCCGGUAAAUGUAUUAGGAAGAGAUUUGAUGCGUUAAAUUAAUUUGUCUGUUGCCUGUACUGAAGAGAGAUUGUCAUUGGGAUCGAGAGAAAAUGUAAUCUUCCUGUGCCUAAUUACCUGUUCCUAUGCUUGGCACUUGAAUGAUCAACAUGUUGAGGGACAGCUGAGAGAGCAAUCUCUCUCUUCCCCGUUGCAUGCUAACUGGGAAGUUUCUGAACACCUACAUUGUACUGCUGCUGUUCCCUUAUGUGAAGAGGACCCUGAAUACCAACAGAGAUGGUUAAACCAAAAAGAGAAAGUUGAGAUGACCAUGAAUGGGAUAUACAGAGGAGAAGACUUCGUAGCAGCUGGAGUGUUGCUGACGGAUACAAAGACAAGUCUGUAUGUUCCCCAUUGUAGCUUAUCAAAAGCUCCUGGAAAACAAUGGAAAGAUGUGGGUGUUUGGAUAAAGACAGUGAUGGAAGCAACUGAUUGGGUGUCUUGGGAAGGAGAAGGAAAGUGGUCAGCUUCAACAGCAACUUUCUAUUCCCCAUACUGGGCUACUGCAAUGACAUUACCAAGAAAAUAACCAAUUCCCAUUGAAACCAUGCCUGUGGUAUUACAAAAUAAUUCACACAUUGAUUGGCUAAAAUAUAUACCUGAAAAACUGUGGGUAAAAUCAAAGACCGACAUUGGACGCAUGAAACACACCAAUUUUACCUGUUAGGAAACCAUCUGGUGAUUAUCGUGUUGUGCAAGACCUUAGACUAGUAAAUGAUGCAUUACUUGCUAGAGCACCCCUGGUGCCAAACACUAGUACCAUUUUAUUCCAGGUGCCUCCAGGUAGUUGUUUUUCGGUGAUUGAUUUGGCAAAUGCUUUUUUCAGUAUCCCUUUGGCUGAAGAGUAACAGGAGUGGUUCUCGUUUACGUUUCUUGGUAAAACAAAUGGACUUGGACGGUGAUGUCCCAGGGUUAUGUUCAAUCAUAUGCCAUCUUUGCCCAAGAAAUGGCUAGGAACCUAAAGGGUUUUGUUGCCCCUGGUGGAAGCAUUUUGGUUCAAUAUUUUGAUGAUUUGUUGGUUUGCUCAAAAUCAGAGGAGAUAUGUCACGAGGACACUCAGGCAUUGUUGAUUUUCUUAGCAGAAAAUUGUCAUAAAGUUUCCUCCAGUAAUAUGCAGUUAUUCCAGAGCUCCGUUAAAUAUUUGGGUCAUGACAUUAUUUCUGAGGGUCGCGCCCUCUCCAAAGAUAGAUUAGAUGCAAUUAAAGUUUUGCCUAAACCUGUUACCAAGCAGCACAUUAUGUCUUUGUUGGGUGUGGCUGGUUACUGUCGUCCGUGGUUGAAAGACUAUGCAGAGAUAGUUCAACCACUGCAGGAUUGUAUUUAUGGGAGAAAGAUGGAGGCGAGUGAAGUUGUGGUCUGGACUGAUGAAACUUGUGUCCUCUCUGUUGGAGGCUGUUCAACUCCCCUCGUCAAUCUCGGUGAUAAAGUGUCAGGCCCAUUCUCCCUCUAAGGAUAACAUUUCUCUGGGGAAUGCCAAGGCUGACUGUGCUGCUAAAUUGUAUGCUUCUUCUUCUGUUUCCCCCUUCCUACAGAUGGCAGCAUUUCCAGCUCCCACCAACCCUUUCUCUGUUAAUGAUAUCAUUGCUUUACAGGCCAUGGCUGAUGCUUUCAGAAACUCAAGUGGGCGGGGUGCUGUCAUAAGGACACCUCGUGUGUAUGGCUUGAUGUGUGGAGCAGACCUGCCAUGCCCCAUUGUACAUUCCAGUUCCUCGCAAAAUUGUCACAUGGUCAAGACCAUGUGUCAAAAGGAGGGAUGGUGGAUCUUGUAAAUAAAUAUUGGGGUACAGUAGGUUUUACUGUGUUUGCAGGAAAUUUCAGUAAGACAUGCUUAAUUUGUAUGACUAACAAUGUUGGACGCAGCAUUUCAGUAUCUCCCGCAUCCCAUCCAAGGCCUGAAGGACCUUUUGAGCAGUUAAUGAUGGAGUUCAUUGAGUUGACCCCUUGUGAGGGGAAUAAGUAUUGUUUGGUGACUGUUGACAUAUUUUCUAAAUGGAUUGAAACUUUCCCUUGCAGGAGAGCCACAGCAAGAGAGAGAUCAUACCUAGGUGGGGACUGCCAUCAAACAUGUAUUCUGACAAUGAUCGACAGUUUGUGAAUGAGAUUGUUCAGUCCCUGUCAGAGACUUUGCAGAUUGAUUUGAGAACACAUUGUGCCUAUCAUUCCCAAUCUGGGGGCGCAGUGGAAAGGAUGAACCAAUCUUUGAAAACUAAAUUAACCAAAUUAAUUGGUGAAACAAGCCUGACAUGGGUGAAAGUGCUUCCAUUGUCACUGAUGACGAUGAGAGGCAGAUCCCCUACAGUCACUGGUCUCUCUCCACAUGAGGUGCUGACUGGCCGUCUCAUGCGGAUGACAAAUACACCUUUUUCCCAGAACAGGUUGUCCUUGCAAGAAAUGGAGGAAGGCUUGGUUGAGUGUUGUGUCACCCUUAACAGUGUUCUUAAGACUCUUUUCCCCCCAGUUGAAGGCGUCUUUGCUAAAUCUAGCAGAUGGAGCUGAACACUAUUUGAACCCAGGUGAUUUCAUGGUGGUGAAAGACUUCAGGAGAAAUAGUUGGAAGGACCCCUGUGGAGAGGCCCGUACCAAGGUCUUCUGACCACCCCCACUGCGGUGAAGGUUGCUGAGAGAGAUACCUGGACCCACCUGUCGCACUGCAGACGAGUUCCUGAUCCAGAAGAAGAUGGGGCCUCGCCAGUUCCGGUGGUGCAGUGUGGCCCUCCUCUGUAUUAGCACAGUAGUGCUAAUAAGAACAGUAGGUUGUCCUCUUGUGGGAAACCUGACAGAGGAUGAGAAGAGUCCCGAGCCAAAGGGGCCAACACAGUCCCAGAGUAGUGGCCCAGAAGUAGAUGGUAAUGACAGAAGAAGUCCUGAGCCAAAGGAACCAAUGCAGGCCUGGAGUAGUGGCCCAGAAGUAGAUGGUCAUUGUAGAAGGAGAACCCUGCUGGGCCCUCACAACCAUGAGGACAAUUUGUUCUUAUCUAGAGCAGAAAUGGUUGCCAACCUGACAUCCAAAGAAAAGGACUGUUGGGUGUGUGGGAUGGGUCCGGUUAAGGUAGGGGCAGGCUUGCCCCUUUUAGGAGUCCCAAUAGGGGUGAACUUUACUAUAGCAUUGGCAGGAAAAAUUCAUUUUAAUACUAUGACCAGCAAUGUUAAGGUACAUAAUUAACCCAAUGUAUCCUAUUACCAAAGGCCUGGUAAUGUCUCACUGCCGCCCAUUUCAGUGGCUGGGGUGAUGACUGCCCCUUGGAGUAUUAGAGGAUAUGGAGAUCACAAUUUGGGUGAAUUGAAAUGUAAUUGUACUAUGAAUCUUAAUGGAUCAAAUCCUUGCAAUAUAACAGUGAUACAGGAGAAUGGUCAGGCCUAUAAGGAACCAUUUAAAAUUUGGGUUGACAAACAUAGCACAACUCUGAAAGGAGCCCCGAAUGGCACCUAUUGGCUAUGUGGUAAGAUGGCUUACUAUAGCCUUCCAUCGAACUGGGGAGGUACUUGUACUGUUGGGUUUUUGGUGACAGCUAUGAGAACCGUUCCAGAUAAUGAAAAGGAUCUGAAGGCUCUGUUUAUAGACUACAAACUUCCUGGAAUGAGGAGAGAUAAGAGGUCUCUAGCUGACGUCACUCACACUCAGGCACCAGCCUCCAGGUUCUUUGGGGUGUUUUUUUCUGGACUUGCAUGUGCCCUAGACCAAAUGCCUGACAUCUCUAGACACAUAGAGACAUUUGUCAACGCUACUAGAAAUGCCCUGGAACAAUUGAAUGGGGAACUAAAAUAA